ACAGACACGGCUCUGCCAUGCGGUGCAUUGUGUAGUAAGGAUGAGUUCCCAAACUUUCGAACGACCUCAAUUGCGAUUCUGUGGAAAACAUCUUCAAACAUCACGAGCUCCAAGAUGGAUAUCAAUACGCUGUUUAACGUCAAGGACAAAGUCGUCCUCGUCACAGGUGGUGCAAAGGGUAUAGGCCGUAUGAUCUCAGAAGGCUUUGUUCGCAACGGCGCGAAAGUGUACAUCUCCUCUCGCGAUGCGAAGGCGUGUCAGCAAGCAUGCGAUGAGCUUAAUGCGACGGGUCCUGGAAGGGCCUUCUCUAUUCCAGCCAACUUCUACGAUGAGAAGGACUGCAAGAAACUUGCCGCGGAGCUAUCGAAGCGCGAGUCGGCGCUUCAUGUCCUAGUGAACAACUCUGGGUCGAACUGGGCCGAACCUUAUGAUGUGUACCCUGACAGCGCCUGGGAUCGUGUGCUUACCCUGAACCUGAAAAGAGUGUUCACCAUCACUCAGUUGCUUACACCGCUGUUGGAGAAGGGACAAAAGGAAGGAGAUCCCGCAAGAGUCAUCAACAUCGGUAGCAUCGACGGUCUCAGAGUGCCCAGACUGGAGACGUUUGCGUAUUCGGCAUCCAAAGCCGGACUGCAUCACCUGUCCAGGGUUCUUGCCUCCCACCUCGGUGAGAGGAACAUUACGUCCAAUACGAUUGCUUGCGGCCCAUUCAGGUCAAAAAUGAUGAAGGCGACCCUAGAGAAGUUUGAAGAAUCCAUUAAAGAGGGCAUUCCACUGCAUCGGAUCGGCUCACCUGAGGAUGUAGCCGGUACGUGUUUGUUCUUGUCGAGCAGAGCCGGAUCUUAUGUCAACGGUGCAACGAUUACACUAGACGGCGGAAGCAUCCUGAGUACGAAGCUCUAGACCUUAGGACGAUCUCAAGUCCAACGUCUAGCGUCAACCGCAGCACGCAAAACUAUAGACUGUGUAAUAAAAUGUCAAACUGUAUGCCAGCUUGAAAAA